AUGUCAGAUCAAGACCGUGGAAGCAAACAAACAAACAAACAAGCAAGCAAGCAGAGGCCAGACCAAACCCCGAGAAGUUCAGCCGUCAUGACUCACACUUUAUUCAGCCACCAGCCACAGCAGAGGCCGGGAAGUGAAUCGAAUGGCAUGCAAAUCCCGCACUCGUCACACUCUGGGAAGAAAGAGGGAGAAAGGGAGGUGUAUCCGGACCAGCGAUCCGAGCCAUUGUUCGGCUCGUACGAAGUUCAAGGUGGAUGCGCCACGCGCCCGGGUUUCUUUCUUGCAUUCUCGUCUCGUGCUCUUUCUUUCCGGCAGUUGAGAUGA